AUGAUCAAAAGUUUUCUGGAGUCAAUACCCGAACUUCAUACGGCAUUGGGUCCUGCCAACAGCGUGCUACUAGCCAAGGUCCGAGAGCUGUGUCGCCCUCAAAUCACAAGCCACAGCCUCAAUACGAUCCGGCAGACCAUUGAGGCGGACGUUACUUACAUGAAGUCUGCGCUAGAUCUUAGAAAUCAGAGAACCUUUGCUGUCAAAGCGGGCAUCAACGGAAUGCUUGAUGUUGCUCGCCAGACAUACAAAGAGCUCACAGAAGAUAUCCACCAGCACAUCGAUGCUCUGAAUGAGGCACACGGACUUGAUGCUAGCCUCCGAUACGAUAAUGGGCGUAAAUAUUGGCUAAGGCUACGAGCGGCAGACUUUGAUGACCGUCCCCUUCCGGACCUGUUGAUCAAUGUGGUACGAAAGAAGGACAAGAUUGAAUGCCAGACACUUGACUUGGUCAAGCUCAAUCUGAGGUUAUCCGAUACCUCUAAUGAGGUUGUCAUUCGAAGCGACAAGGUUAUACAAGACUUGCUGAAAGAACUACGUUCCGACAUCCCACACUUGUUCCGCGUUUGCGAAUCGGUUGCGCUUGUCGACAUGAUCACUUCCUUUGCGCAGCUUGCAACUACCAGGGACUACGUGAAGCCAGAUCUCAGCACGACGCUCGCAUUGAAAGCAGCGAGACACCCUGUCCUCGAUAAAACUAUGAACGGCACCUUUGUGCCCAACGAUUACUACUCCACAGAGCAAUAUUGCUUCCACAUCGUGACGGGUUGUAAUAUGAGUGGGAAAAGCACGUACAUACGGGCGGUCGCAUUGCUUCAGAUCAUGGCGCAAAUAGGAUCCUUUGUGCCGGCAGAGUAUGCCGCAUUCUCCAUAAUCCACAGCAUAUUUGCGCGAGUUUCGCUUGACGACAACAUUGAAAGCAACCUUUCGACUUUUUCUGUCGAAAUGCGAGAGAUGUCUUUCAUCCUGAGGAACAUUGACGACAAGAGCCUUGCGGUGAUUGAUGAACUGGGCAGGGCUACGAGCAACCGAGAUGGUCUUGCAAUUGCAAUUGCGAUGUCUGAAGCCUUGAUUCAAAGCAAAGCAUCUGUCUGGUUUGCGACCCACUACGUUGAUCUGACGAAGGUUCUCGCGGAUCGUCCAGGUAUCCUCAACCUUCACCUAGCUGCCACUACAUCGACAACUGAAGACGGUUUGCCUCAUAUUACGAUGCUUUACAAGGCGACCUCUGGUGCCAUCAGAGGCGAAGACCAUUAUGGCAUCAAUUUGGCACGUGCUAUCGGGCUUCCUCAGUCCUUCAUUGACAAAGCAGAAGCAGUAGCCAAGGACAUCAGGCGAAAACGAGAAACGACCAAGCGUAACUCAGAGUCAGCUAGGCUCGUAGCCCGCCGAAAGCUCAUUCUCAAUCUGCAGGAUGCAUUGAGGCAGGCUAAAGAUUCUGGAAGCGAGGAGGCGCUCCCCGGUUAUCUGCAGCGUUUACAAGAAGAUUUUGUUGCCCGCAUGGAGGAAAUUGACAAUAUGUAG